AUGGGGACCACAGAGGAAAUUGUGAAAGUAUUGAAUGAGACAUUCCUGGAACGAGGCCCCGUGGAUGAACUGCUUCUGGAUAAUGGCACUACUCAAAACUUGUGUCUUGAAUGUGAUGCCAUCAUGACAAAUCAUUCCAUGAAGAAAGUUAAGCUGGAACAACACCAGAAAUUAAAGCAUCCAAAAUCUGUUGGUAAAGAUAGGGAAUAUUUUGAGAAUAAAAAGAAAAUACAAUCAAUCAAACUACCCGACAUUGUAAAGAAGAUAAAUAUUGAAAAAGUAAAGACACUCAAACCAAGUUAUUUGGUCUCUGAAAUUAUUGCCAAGGUUGCAGCACCUCAGAUUUAUGGUGAGAAACGUACCAAGCCUGCUAUGAUAGCUUGUGUAAAUGAGGUUCUGAGAAAAGAUACUACAUUUACUCUGAGUACAAUUCCACCUUCAAAUAACACAAUUACAAGAAGACAGGAUGAAAUGUCUAAUUUUGUUGAGGAGAAGAUUGUAGAAAUUCUCCAAAAGACAAAUUUUUCUAUUCAGGUUGAUGAUAGCACAAUUCAUAACCAAGCUAUCCUUCUGGUCUAUGUCAGAUUCAUCCAUGAAAAUGAUAUAAGGGAAGAAAUGUUAUUCAUUAAAAGUUUGUCUGAAACUACUUAUGGAGAAGAUAUAUUCAAUGAAGUAAUGCAGUAUUUUAAUGAUAAAAAUAUUCCAUUGACUAAUUUGAUCAACAUUGCAUCAGAUGGAGUUGCAGCCAUGACUGGAAAAGUGAAAGGCUUUGUUUCUAGAAUGAAAUUAGUUGUUCCUCACAUUUUUUAUAUACAUUGCAUUAUCCACACACAGCAUUUAGUUGCUAAGAAUAUUGGAGGACACAUGGAAGAAGCACUCAACGCUGCCAUACAUGCAAUUAACUUUGUCAAAUCAAACUCAGUGAAUAAUAGAUUUUUUUAUGCAAUUCUGUGA